AUUAUAUAUUAUAUAUUGUGUGUGAAUGUCGUCAAUGAUUGUCUCAAAUAUGGAGUCCAACACUGUUUUGAUGUUAUUGUUGUUGUAAUCAAUGUAUUGAUUGUUAUUGUAAUCAAUGUAUUGAUUGUUGUGUUUGUCUUUUGAUUUUAAACACAACUAAACCAUUGAUUAUAUUUAGUUAUAGUCUCAACAGUUGAUCCCAACCAGUGAUGACAUAAACAAUGGUAAUGAAUGGCAUGUUUUUCAAGUAGUGAUGAAUUGAUUGUCAAUCAUGAGUGGUAUUCACAGUGUAUGCGAUUCAGCGGCCAAUCAAUGGCCGGAAGCACCAGAUCUUCAGUUAGACUGUUUGUCCAGCGAUUCUGAUUCAGACUCAAGUAGUGUUGAGGUUGUGGUCAAUACCAGUGUUAAAGCAAAGUGUGGUCAAUCUGUCAGUGCAAUCAAUGGCACCAUUCAUGAGCCCAAAGCUGGUCCAUCACAUGACUUGAAUGCAUCACUGAAUACCACCAAAAGUGGACAAUCGUUGACUUCUUCGAGCACUAUAUUAGUUGAUUUGACGCAAUCGGAUGACGAAUCACCCGUCGAAACCAAUAACAAGCCAUUGAAGUUCACACAAAACACUUCAAUGACAACUCAGACCGUCGCUGACAAACGUGUGACCGAUCAUAGACUGACCCGAGAACACAAUGACCUGAAUCAGUCUCGAGGCUCAUGUAUUCAAUUAGCGCCCGCAAUGAUGACCAAUAAUGGACAACAACAACAACACAACAUUAGUUCCAAUUUAUUUAAUGUAAAUUCAAAUUAUCAACAAUUAAUGCCUGAAUACCAGAGCUGUAGAUUUCAUAACCAAAAUAAUAAUAAUUCAAAUAAUGUAAAUAUGAAUUCAAGCAACACUUCGGGACAAGUAUUUGGUCAAAACAGUGGCUCUUCGGAUACAUUAUCUAAUAGUAUGGACUACUCGUCAUUUAAUUGCAAUAUUGGUAACAAUUCAAUGAAUGGUAAUAACAGUUUAACUUCAAUGGCGUCAGGUAUUCAGUGUCCACAUAAUCACGGCUUUUAUUCGGCCACCACUAGUCCUAUCAAUAAUACACAUUUGACUUAUAUACCAAACAUACCAUCAAUGCCUUCAAUACCUUCCAUACCAUCGAUGACACCUAAUAUACCUCAGAAUGGGUCAAAUGUGUCACAAUAUGGCCAAUACUUUAGUCCACCGCCAGCACACCUGCCUUUGCAUCCGUACUCAAUACAUCCUCAUUCGCGACUCCAUCCCAACCAACAGAGACUAUGGAUAGCACAGCAACGGAUGAAUGAAAUGCAAAGGCAAAGACAGAGUCUAUAUCAGCACCAGAUGUUUGUUAGACAACAAGAAGCUUAUCAAAGACAUUUAAUGGAGUCAUCGCAUGUGCCAAUGGCCCCAUUUGUUCCCGUAGGUCAACCACCACCUCCACCACCUACUCCGUCGGCAACUUCGGGUAUUUUUGUUUGUACAUCGGAUGCAAUGCCACUAAACUUGACGCCACACCAUAACCACAAUUCCAAUGCAAACAUGAGUGUGGGUGCGCUCAAUGCUAACAUUCCACAGUCAUCCACUCCUUCCAAUAUGGCUAAUGACACGUCCUGUCAUUUAUCGGCCAAUGGUUCGUGUAGUAGAUUACAACAAUCACCUCCACCUCAAAAUCCAAACCCACAACGUUUGGUUGGUAUGUCUAGCAUGUAUGCACCUAAUCCACAAACAAGUGGAAGUAUACCUUCUAGUGGACACCACGUAUCGGCUGAAGUUCUUGUUGAUCCUAACGUGGCUUUUCAAAGCGAAGUUAUAAUUCAUUCAACUCCUGAUGCAUCACAUUCCCAUCUACACCAUCACGUCCAUCAACAUCAUUACCACCCAACAAGUCACGCGCCAAGACUUCAUUUUGGAGUUUCUCCUCCGGGUUUUCAUAUAUCAAUAUCUCCCGCUGGAAUUGUUGCACCUCCAUACGGACCACCCCGUACUGGUGAUGUAUAUGCACCUCUGCCGCCUCCUUUGGCCGAUUUUAAUACAUUCAGUCAAAGUUAUCAUUAUAUUGGACCGCUAUUAUCGCGACAUAUGACCGCUCGCUUAGAAGAUUACUGGCGUAUAAUACAAAGCCGACAGACUAUCAAUAGAGGCGCUUCACAAACCAUUAUUGAGAGAAAUACUUUUCCACAUAAAUAUAAACGAAUUAAGUUAAGCACUCCUGAAGAUGACUGCAUUGAAAAGUGUACCAUUUGUUUGAGUGAAUUUGAAGACAACGAAGACGUUAGACGACUUCCAUGUAUGCAUCUGUUCCACAUCGAGUGUGUGGAUCAAUGGCUGACUACAAAUAAAAGAUGUCCCAUAUGUCGGGUUGAUAUUGAGGAACACAUGAAGGACUUUGGGCUCAAUUCGUGACCAUUUUCUCCCAUUUAUUUCAAUCAAAAAUAUAGCUCAAAUCUACAUAUAUAGUCCCCUUUUUUGAAAGAAUUUUAAACAAUUUAUCAAAUUAUGACUUAAAAAGUAAUGACUGUUUCAAUUGUACCAUAUAUUGAAUUUUAAAUAUUUCAUGUCUGGGCUUAUCGAUCAUGUAUUGCUUUUACUCAGAUCCUUAAUUGAUGACAUUAACUGCUCAAUUAUUAUAUUUAUCAUUUAU